AUGGCGGAUAAAGUGGACGAAAAGACGCUACAGGAGACGUCCACGUGGGCCGUUGCGGUUGUUUGCUUCUUCUUGCUUCUAAUUUCGAUUGUCAUUGAGAAACUCAUUCACAAAACUGGAACCUGGUUUAAAACGAAGAACAAAAAAGCUCUGUAUGAAGCUCUUGAAAAGGUCAAAGCAGAGCUUAUGCUGAUGGGAUUCUUAUCACUACUGCUAACAAUCGGACAAGAUUAUAUCUCACAAAUUUGCAUCUCUAAGAGCAUAGCAGCAUCAAUGCACCCUUGCAGUGCAUCCGAAUUGGCGAGAAUAACGAAAAAGAAACCUACGAAAGAUGCCGUAAAUGAAGGAGAAGAAGAAGAAAACUCGGGUCGAAAGCUUCUCGAAUUAGUCGAGUCUUUCAUUCCUAGAAGAAGUUUGGCUACAAAAGGUUAUGAUAAGUGUGCAGAGAAGGGAAAAGUCGCUUUUGUAUCGUCUUACGGGAUGCAUCAGCUGCAUAUAUUCAUCUUCGUUCUUGCGGUUUGUCAUGUGAUCUCUUGCAUUGGUAUUUAUGCUUUGGGAAACAUCAAGAUGAGAAGAUGGAAGAAGUGGGAAGAGGAGACGAAGACAAUCGAAUAUCAGUAUUCCAAUGAUCCUGAGAGGUUUAGGUUUGCGAGGGAUACAUCUUUCGGGCGUAGGCAUCUGAAUUUCUGGAGCAAAUCAACGAUUACGCUGUGGAUUGUAUGUUUCUUCAGGCAGUUCUUUGGAUCAGUAACCAAAGUUGAUUACUUAACACUGAGACAUGGUUUCAUCAUGGCACACUUAGCUCCUGGGAGCGACGCAAGAUUCGAUUUCCGGAAGUAUAUUCAAAGAUCAUUAGAGGAAGACUUCAAAACCAUCGUCGAAAUAAGUCCUGUGAUCUGGUUCGUCGCCGUGCUAUUCCUCCUUUCUAAUACAAACGGAUUGGAGUCUCACCUAUGGUUACCGUUCAUUCCCUUCGUUGUGAUUCUUAUUGUUGGGACAAAGCUUCAAGUGAUAAUAACAAAACUGGGACUUCGAAUCCAAGAGAAAGGCGACAUAGUGAAAGGCACGCCGCUUGUUCAGCCCGACGAUCAUUUCUUCUGGUUCGGCCGACCACGUUUCAUUCUCUUCCUCAUUCACUUAGUCCUUUUCACGAAUGCGUUUCAACUCGCUUUCAUCGCCUGGAGUACAUAUGAAUUCACGCUCAAGAACUGUUUCCACAAAACCAAUAUAGAUGUGAUCAUCAGAAUUGCAGUAGGAGUUAUUGUACAGUUUCUUUGCAGCUACGUUACUCUUCCUCUAUACGCUCUAGUGACUCAGAUGGGUUCGAAGAUGAAACCAACAGUGUUCAACGAGAGAGUAGCAACAGCAUUAAAGAGUUGGCAUCACACAGCUAAGAAGCAGGUCAAACAUGGAAGAAACUCAGAAUCAACCACACCUUUCUCUAGCCGACCAACUACACCAACACAUGGUUCUUCUCCGAUCCAUCUCCUUCGUAACGUCCAUAAACGAAGCAGAAGCGUCGAUGAUAACAAUAGCUUCACGUACUCGAUAUCUCCGAGUCGACUCUCUGAUUUCGAUUCUCCAUGGGAUCCUGAGUCUCAACAAGAAACAGCUGACCAAGCUUCUUCUUCUUCAAUGAACCAACAUUCUAGGUUUAGAGAAGAAGAUUCAGAGAAAAAGGAGGUUUCUUCUUUAUCUGUGGAGAUUCCUCGUGGACCUGCACAAAUAAGAACACACCAUGAGAUUAGCAACAUAAGCUUGAGGGAUUUCUCGUUUAAGCGAUGA